AUGGCAGACUUACCAAAGUUUUUUGCCCUUAAGUCAGUCAGGAACCAGAAAUACGUGGUUUUCAAAGACCAAUCCACGGCAGAGCUGCCAAAUAGGCUCGAAGCCUCCGGAGAGGAAAGGCAAAGCAAAUACGCAAGGUUCAAAGCAGAGAAGGACAUAAACCAACCCAGUCUGGUGCAUAUAAAAUCCACGUACAACGACAAAUACUUGAGAACGGCAGGCCAAGACAGUACGUGGCUUGUGGCCGAUGCUGAUGAGAAGCAGCCAAAUAAAAACCAGUGGUCAUGUACACUCUUCAAGCCUGUGGUUUUGCAAAAACCGGCACCAUACGUCGACGGCGUAUACCAGUUCGUCCACGUGCAAUUGGAAACACCCAUCAAUAUCCCUGCCUUCAUUGUCGAAAAACUUCCAGGUUGA